CUUUUCUAUACAAUUACGUGACCUUUGCUCUGCAGCACUUCCGUAUUUCCAAGGACGAAACCGUUCGCGAACGUGCUAGUCAUUCGACGUUCUUCAGUUGCAGUCGAAUUCGGCAACAUUGAGGACGCCAGGUAUGAAAUACAAGAAUAUUUUUAUUACCGGCGCCAAUAAAGGAAUUGGCUAUGAGUUCAUACGGCAAUUCAUAUCCAACGAUGACCCACCGAGCAUUAUUUUCGCCACUUAUCGUAACGCUAGCACACUGCAGGAUCUUAAAACUCUACAAGAGAAAUCCGAAAUAACAAAAGUAGUCUUGAUAAAAAUGGAUGUCAAUGAUCCCGAAGAAAUUGAAAUUGCCAGACAGAUCGUCGAAGCGAACGUUGGCGAAGAAGGCCUACACUUGCUCAUCAAUAAUGCUGGAAUUAGUGAAAUGCUUCCCAUUGAUCAAGUGACAAUUGAAAAUAUCGAAAAACAUAUUAAGACUAACACUAUAGCACCACUGAUGAUUACAACGGUGAUGCGCCCAUUGUUAGAGAAAUCAGCUUUUCAAGAAGACGGCCAUAGAGCUGCGAUCCUCAACAUUUCUUCCACAUUGGGAAGUAUAGAAUUGACGGGAACAACAUUGUACAGUUGGGUUGAUCCCAUGGUACCAGCUUACAAAAUGAGCAAGGCUGCUUUGAACAUGGCGAUGAGAGUUAGUUCAAUAGCUCUGAAAGAGAAAGGCAUUCUGGUCGUCAUGAUGUGCCCUGGCUGGGUCAAGACAGAUUUAGGCAACAAAGAAAAAGCCGAGUUAACACCCGAAGAAAGCAUAUCAGCUAUGAUCAAAACCAUCGGAGAGUUGAACGCGGAUCACCAUGGAACUUUCAUAGACAGAUUCGGAAAACCCAUACCAUUUUGAAUAAGUCACUUCACAAAAUAAUGAACAAUUUGGUACCAAGAGUGCUAAGACAUAGGAUUUAUGAAGUUUUUAUAGAAUAAAAUCAUCAUUGCUUUA